CGCGCACGGGCGCAUCGUGAACGCUACGCAGGAACAGAUCAGACAGCAGGUCGAGUCUGUGAGCCGGGAUACGGACCGCACCGAGUACUGGCUGUAAAAACAACAUAGGAGACUCGAACAAUUCGGUUCCGGCGGCGGGUUCCGUCUCUUUUGGACUUAACGCGAAGGGAAACUUUUACUGAACGGUACCGACGCACAUCGAGGCUCCGGGGAGGGAGGAGAGAAAAUAAGGCUUGUCCACAACAAUGUCGGGGAGCAGGGAGGAGGAGAGGAGGAAACUGGCCGACAUCAUCAACCACUGGAACGCCAACCGGCUCGACCUGUUCGAGAUCAGCCAGCCCACAGAGGACCUUGAGUUCCAUGGCGUGAUGCGGUUCUACUUCCAGGACCGGGUUGCCGGUAACUUUGCCACAAAGUGCAUCAGAGUGUCCAGCACAGCGACGACGCAGGAUGUCAUCGAGACGUUAGCCGAGAAGUUCAGACCGGACAUGAGGAUGCUGUCCUCGCCCAAGUACUCGCUGUACGAGGUCCACGUCAGCGGCGAAGAGCGUCAGCUGGACCUGGACGAGAAGCCUCUCGUCGUUCAGCUGAACUGGAACAAAGACGACAGAGAGGGACGCUUCGUCCUGAAGAAUGAGAACGACAUCCUGCCCAAAAAGAGCCAGAGUAAUGGGCCGGAGAAGGAGAAAGAUGGAGUGAUCCAGAACUUCAAGAGGACUUUGUCCAAGAAGGAGAAGAAGAAAGAAAAGAAGAGGGAGAAGGAGUUUGCCCGAAUCCCUGAUGGAGAUGAGCAGACUCUGGGCCGUGAAGACGGUGAAAACAGUCGCCUGGCAGCCGAGGUUUAUAAGGACAUGCCUGAAACCAGCUUCACCAGAACCAUCUCAAACCCAGAGGUGGUGAUGAAGAGGAGACGGCAGCAGAAACUGGAGAAACGCAUGCAGGAGUUCAUGAGCAGCGACGGCAGGCCGGAAUCAGGUGGCACUUUGAGAAUCUACGCUGACAGUCUGAAGCCCAACAUCCCGUACAAAACCAUCCUGCUGUCCACGAGGGACACCGCCGACUUCGCCGUGAUCGAAGCUCUGGAGAAAUACGGGCUGGAGAAGGAGAACCCCAGGGAGUACUGCAUCGCUCGGCAAGAUGAGAAAUCAGGCAAAGAGGUGGUUCUGGAUGAUUUAGAGUGUCCGCUGCAGAUCUUCAGAGACUGGCCUGCAGACAGAGGCCGAGGGAAUCACUAUGCCUACUACGCCUAUCGGCACCAAGAAGACGGGUCCGACUCGCGGGACAAACCAAAGCUGUACCGCCUUCAGCAGAGCAUCACUGAGGUGGGCUCAGACUGCACCGACGACGGCGCCAUCCAGCUGCUCGGUCCGGGGAUCCUGCCCCACCACUGCAACCUCAUGCACAGCGAGGGAAUGGUGACGGUGACGCCGCACGGCCCCGACGCCGACACGUUUGUUGACGGACAGCGCGUCACCGAGACCACCGUGCUGCGCUCAGGCUCCACCCUCCAGUUCGGCUCCGCCCACGUCUUCAAAUUCGUGGACCCGACGUACGACCAGGGAGGGAGGAGAGAACCUGCCGCCGCCGCCAUGAGGAGCCGACACAAGUCUGGCUGCCAAUCUGAAGACACCUUCCUGUCCGCCAUCAUCAACUACACCAACAGCUCCACGGUCCACUUCAAGCUGUCGCCCACUUACGUCCUGUACAUGGCCUGCCGCUACGUCCUGUCGCCAGCCUACCGUCCCGACAUGUCUCCGUCAGAGAGGACGCACAAAGUCAUCGCCAUCAUCAACAAGAUGGUGACCAUGAUGGAAGGAGUCAUCCAGGAGAUUCCUGAAGGGGAUCAGAAGCAGAAGAACAUCGCKGGAGCGCUGGCUUUCUGGAUGGCCAACGCCUCCGAGCUGCUCAACUUCAUCAAGCAGGACCGAGACCUGAGCCGGGUCACGCUUGACGCCCAGGACAUCCUCGCCCACCUCGUCCAGAUGGCCUUCAA